ACAUUCUGGUUUGUUAAUAACAUGUAAGUUUGAAAUAGAAGAAUAGGAUAAGAAAAAUAAGUGGUGGAGAUUUUAAACAAGAAUAGGAGUUAACAUGGAUGUAGAUUGUUUUAAAGGCAGAAAUCCUGUGAUUCAAUAUGUUCAAAGAUUAUGCUAAGGUUCCAUCUUGUCACAUGUGCUUACUAGCUCUUCCCCAAGUUCUGUUCACUGUAAUUGCAAUAUUGGCUGUUUUGUGGACCUUGAACCCAUUUCUUAGAAAGAAACAGUGGGGUGGAGCUAAAUUAGAGAAAAAAGUUCUUGGAGAGCAAGUUGUUUAAGUUGGCAGUGGACUUAGAAACUGGAAUAAACCAAAGACAAAACAGCAUAGCUCAUGAGUAAGCCAUCAAAUUGAGACAACAAACUGCAUUGCUGUGGUGGUGGUUUUAUUUGUUCUUCAGUACCCAUUUUUAUUCUGGAAAAUACUCUGUGGAUCUUCUUAAAUUAAAGCUAUCAAAGAAAACAGACUAAAACAACUGUGAAUUUACCUUCUAAUCUUCUGUGGACUCAACUUUUCCUGGCAAAAUGAACCAUUCCCACCAUAUGGGGAUGCACUCGAUGGACCACACCAUGCCACCUUCGCACUUUCACUCGACCACGUCAUCCUCCCACUCCCACGGCGGGACCACGACACCCUCCCACUCCCAUGGUGGGGGAGGUGGCCACAUGAUGAUGCCUAUGACCUUCUACUUUGGCUAUAAGAAUGUGGAGCUGUUGUUCUCUGGUUUGGUGAUCAACACAGCUGGAGAAAUGGCUGGAGCUUUUGUGGCAGUGUUUUUACUAGCAAUGUACUAUGAAGGACUCAAGAUAGCUCGAGAGAGGCUGCUGCGCAAGUCACAAGUCAGCAUUCGCUACAAUUCUAUGCCUGUCCCAGGACCAAAUGGAACCAUCCUUAUGGAGACACACAAAACUGUCGGGCAGCAGAUGCUGAGCUUCCCCCACCUCCUGCAGACAGUGCUGCAUAUCAUCCAGGUGGUCAUCAGCUACUUCCUCAUGCUCAUCUUCAUGACCUACAAUGGCUACCUCUGCAUUGCUGUGGCGGCGGGGGCUGGCACAGGCUACUUUCUCUUCAGCUGGAAGAAGGCAGUGGUAGUGGAUAUCACGGAGCAUUGUCAUUAAUGUCAGACUCUAUGGUGUGGCCUUAUCGAUUGCAGUGGGAAGCAGUUCAAGACUGGAAGACAUGUUUCUUGUCUCCUUGUGUACACACAUCCUCACGUACACCUACUCAACAGAGGUUUAGCGUACAGUCUCUGGCUAAAAGUGGUAACCUCUUUUACUGUUUGUUUUUUUUCUCCUAAUGAACUGAGAUUCCCAUUUUUCUUGAGGUGAAGCCACCCAUGAGAAUGUCCUCUCCUACCCCAUCAUCUUAGAUCCAAGUUAUAUGUUCUUGUUUAAUCCAGGUAGCUUUCAAGUCAAUGAUUUCAUCGCCUACUUCCUUUUAGUCUUUUGUUUUUAUUUUUUUAACAGACCAUAUGUGAAUUUGGUGGGGUUUUCCUGGGUUAAGUGAUGGAAAGAGUUAACUUCAGCUAGGAUUGAUGGCAGAUGAGAGAAGUUCUUGCCCAGCUAAACCCAGAACCCAACUUAACAUUAAAAAAUAAGUUCCAGUCUUUGGACUCAAUGAGUGGGAAGUACCUUGUGCCUUUCCCUAGGUAUGAUGUGUUGACUGAAAUCCUUGUAGUGUGCAGGGCAUGGUUUGAACUAAAUACAGGACUGGAGCUUUAGAAGUGCCCAUUCUUGGGUGGCUGACUCGUCAACUGUGUUCCCACUUAACAUGUUGAUUAGAAUGGUCUUGUCAAUUAAAAUAAUGACAAUCAUUUUGAAAAAAUAGAAAUAAUAGAUAUUUUUAAAUAAAACCAUUGGCAUUUUACUUUGACUUGGUACUUUGGUUUGUCACAGCUGAAUGAAGCAAAACAGUUUGAAUUGUUAACUCCUGUUUUUAUGUGUCUGCCUCUAGACCAGUGUUUUUCAAAUUUUAGCAUGUAUCAGAAUCACCUGGAGGUUUCUUAAAUACUAGUCCUUAGGCCUCAACCAACCCACAGCGCCCAAAAUUGGUAUUUCUAACAGGUUCCCAGGUGAUGCUCCACAUUUUGAGAAUCUCUGCUUUAAACUGAGGGCGUACACUAGUGGGCGAGCUACCUGGUAUUGGGCAUGGAAAUUUGGGUUGCUGAUUGGUCGGUGGUAUAUCUGGGCUUAACUCAUGUACCAAAUGCUGCUGGUCAACACUUAAUCAUUCCACAAACAUUUAUUCAGCUCUAGCUGUGUAUAUGUAUGCCCAAGGGCACAUGCACAAAACAUUAUAUAGCCCAAGUGGCUUUUUCAGCAUGUAUGAAAUCACUAGUCUUUAUUUUUAAAGAUCUGUGGUUCCUUAGAAGUAGCUUGAAGGUUGAGAAAGACCUUUGAUCCGAGAUGUAAAUCUGCCAGAACGGCAUAAUCUCAGCCUCUCUUUGGAGAGGCUUAGGGUGUGGCUGCUGAUGGCCAGGUUCUCCUCAGCUCCUAAUACCCAUGCCCACACCAGGCAGAUCCUCAUACUCUCCGACCAUCUUUGUGACUCUUGGUGGCUUAAUUAGAUCACAAGUGGCCAAAAUCUCUUGUCGAAAGAGUCACAUUGGGUUUUUCUUCUGUUCGGUCAUUAGGCUACACCAGUCUUGUUCCAGUCCAAACUACCUCUAUAUAGUGACUCCUGUGCUGGUCUGUUAAAUCCUGCCCUCCUUGGUGCUAGACUCCAACUGUGCCUCAGGGCAGAGGAGGCACAACACAGCUAUCCUGUUGGCCUCUGCUGUGGUUUGGAAGUUUGUGCUUUCUGUAAGUGCCAGUUAAAUAUUGACGAGAAAGGAAUGUGUACUUGCAUGGCUUUGAACCACGACGGAGUUAUGAGCCUACUGGAUUGAGGUUAAAAUCUAAGAAUCAUCAUUUAGAGUUUGUGCUUUUCUCUCAUUCCAACCCCUUGUAGUGCCGAUACUUUGCAUGAGCAGAGUGAGUGACAGGUACUGACAGAGUCCAAAACUAAAAUGUUAAUAGCCUAUUAUUGUCUCUGAAGCCAAGGAAUAAUAAAACCAUGAAAAAUCAAGUAAGAAUCAAUGUUAAGUAGUGACUGACCCUGGUGCUCUAGAAAUCUUGGCAUGAGCUGCUAUGAAAUACCCUUUCAGGAAGAGGAGACCUCACUGGUCAGGUAAAGAGAAAUCAAGGCCAGUUAAGACAAAGUGUUUUGACUUUGACACAGAGAGAAACAUCAGUUUGGGAUAGGUCUUCAGGCAUUCAAGAUCGUCUCAUGAAAGACUUAAAUUCCAGAGAUUCGUAAACUCUUGCUGACAUAUAACCAAGGUUGCCAAUGGGAGAAGUUAGUGAAGGAAAAAAAUUCUAAAUUGCAUCUUUCUUCGGCUCUUGGAUUGUGUAGUACAGUGAUCUCAUUGACUUUCAUUUCUGUAUCCUGGUUCAUUCUGAAUUCAGUGCCUCACUUUGUUCCUUUUGGAGCCAAAUUUAUCUUUUCCUCCCUUGCUGUUCACCUCUGUUGGAAACCAGUUUCCCCACUUCUCUGUCCCCUUAUUCAGAUCUCCCUUCCCCUUUCAGUCUUUCAACCCAUGUACCGAGUUUGUUAAUUCUCUCUAACCCUCCUGAUGCAGGGGACAUUGUCAUAUAGUGGGGAUGGAUACCACCCAGAGUUUUAAAACGUGAUGGAGACUUUUAGCAACUGUCCCCCUGGAAUGUCUAUAAGGCUGGGUAAAGGGCUCCCCUAGUAUCAUCCACAGAGUUACAGAAUUUUAGGUGCUGUUUCCAGCCUAUGCUGGAGGAAUACUGAAUCCCCAUUGCCACAGACAGGGAUCCUCUGUGUCCACCAGGAGAUUAGAGAUUAAGAUUUCUUCACUGCUUCUCUGGAGGAGUGUCUGGAAUUCCCCUUUCAGGCUGUGGGGCACUGGUUAGGUUCUAGCCACAAGGAGCUAGAAGGGGUGGGGGCAGGGGGUACACUCUCAUGUCAUUUAAUUUUGAUCCUGCCCUCUCCUGCUGCUGCUUUCAGAAGAUACAUAUAAAGAUACAAAGUCUGCUUUUGAUAUAAUGCCUUAAUCACUGGGUCUACAUUUAAUGUUGACUGUUUUAGAUUGUAAGCUCCUGGAGAGCAGUAUUGCUGUAGUAGGAUUGUAUUAACAGUGUCAUGAGGAAAGAACAAAAUAAAUAUUUUGAUUUUGUGAUUCUAUGCACGUCUUUCCACCAGAGUGUUCUUAGAAUAAGCUACUUUCUUUGUUGUCCACAUAGAGUCAGACCAUUAGCACCAGUUUUGGAGAUGUCAGUCUUUUAGGAGGUACGGGCCCUUUGUUUUUUCAUCUCACUCAUUCUACUCUACUUACAGUGAUAAUCUAGCACAUGCCAGAUCUGCAUGUCCUUUUGCACAGAAGCUGGUGUCUUCAUGGCUGCAAAUAUCUCCAGACACCAAGGAUACCUGACAUUAAAAACUAACUUGUUAUAUCAUAGUCCCCUCCCUCGGUUUAUGCCAUCAAGCAAUAAGAUGAGCCUCCGGGAACUUCACCGCCAAGCCUCAUGUGCGAUGGCCCUGCCUAUCCCUUUGAUAACACUAGAACGCUGCUGUUGCCUGCCCUUCCUACGGCCUGCAGAUAGGCACCUCACCAUUCAGCACCACUCCUAGUCUUGGGUUAGUGUGAGGAUGGACUUUGGAGUCAAGCACCAGGGUUUCAAUCCUGGCUCUACCAUCUUCUAGCAGUGUGACCUUAGGCAGGUUAUUUUAACCCCUAAGCCUUAGUUUUCUCAUUUAUAAAAAGGUAAUACUAUCAUUUUGAAUUAGGAGCUAUGUAUGUAAAGCGCUCAGCACAUGAAAGGCAAUCAGGCCAUACUAAAUAUAUUUUCUGAUGAUGAUCAUUACUCCAGCUUUCAGCAAAGAGAAAGGUACAAUCUUGGUUUAGUAUCUCUUCACAAGCACUUGACCAUCCUCCUGAGUUUGGACAAUCCAGAAAUGAACAGUCGUGUCCAAAAAUGUGUGCAUCUGCAAUAAGUUGUCUAUUAAUGUGGCCAUUUUCUCAUUCUUUGCCAAUAAAACAGCAUGGAAAUUUCCUGAGAACCACAACCUCCACCUUAACAUUCAAUCCCUGAUAUCCCACCAUCCUCAGACCCAACAGUGGAAGACUAUGCAAGCAGCAUAGCAAGGAGUUUAGAAGCAUGGGUUCAAGUCUCAACUCUAGUCCUUAAUAGCUGAGCAUCAGUUUAACCUUCUGUAAAAUUAGGAUCGACUUCUCAUAGGAUUAAAUGAGAUAAUCUACAUAAAGCACUUAGCACAAUGUC